CGAGACUUCGAGCGAGAGAUCGACAUCUUGCGAACGUCGCGGCACCCGCGGGUGUUGAAAAUUUUCGCCGCGUGCGUCCAGCCGUCUCGCGGCGUCGUCGCGCUCGUCGCCGAGCUCGUCGACGGCGGCUCGCUCCACGACGCCCUGCGCGGGGAGGGCGUCAACGGGCACGUGGACGCGCGCGCGCGGUUGGGGGUCCUGCGCGACGUCUGCGAGGGCAUGGACUACUUGCAUCGAGCGAGGACGCCGAAAGUGGUGCACCGCGACUUGAAGCCGCAGAAUAUUCUGUUGUCGUCCGGCCCGCCCGGUAAGCCGCGCGCGACGAUCGCGGACUUUGGCGUCGCGCGCGCGUCGCCGCACACGAACUUGCGCGCGACGUGUAACGCGGUCGGGACGCUCGCGUACAUGGCCCCGGAG